AUGCCUCGCUCUCCCCCCCGUCCGAACCUGAGGGGAUUUGGCCUCAUACAGGCCAAUGCGAACCACUCUCCACAGGCGCAAGAUUUGCUCCAACAAAGCGUGGUGGAGAGUGGUUUCACGCUAGCGAUCGUGUCCGAGCCCCACCGCCCCCCGAGAGACAGCCCAUAUUGGGCUGUCGAUAACGGGCAGGCGGGGGACUCGGUCGCGAUUCGAUGGCGGUCGGUGCCGGGUGGUCCCGACACGACCGUCAUCGAAAGGGGACAACGGCAUGUUGCCGUCCAAUGGGGGCCCAUCGCGGUCGUCGGGGUCUAUUUGAGGCCCACCAGACGCCUUGCCCUGUUUAAGGGCUGGCUAUCGGACAUAGGAUGGACGGUCCUACGUCUGAGUCCGAGGCCGGUCCUCGUGGCCGGGGACUUCAACGCGUGGCACACGAGUUGGGGUUCCCGGUGCACGAACAGGAAGGGGGAGGCUCUGGACGAGUGGGCGGCGGAGCACGGGCUGGUCCUCAGGAACGAGGGCCGGACCCCCACCUGCGUGCGGACGCAGGGGGAGUCCAUCGUGGAUCUCACGUGGGCUACCCCCUCGGCCGCGCGCUUGAUCACCGGGUGGAGGGUGGAGCGGGGCGUCGAGACUCUGUCAGAUCAUCGAUAUAUAUCGGUGGAGCUCGGCGUCCUCUCCACCGUGCGUCGCCAGGAGGAGACGCGACCGCGAUGGGCCCUUCGCAAACUCUGCGAGGACGCCCUGAUGGCCUCGUUGGAGGCCGCCUGUUGG